AUGAAGAAUUGUUCCACGAAGACCUUCAAAAUCAGAACGCAAGGCCAUCAAGAACUGAACCAAGCAUUGUUCUUCCCUCCUAGCAAUGUUCAUCCAACAUUAAGUGAUAUGGAAAGAAAGAAAGUAUGCAGCUUGAUGGACUGUGAAAAGCUUUCACGUGAAGCGUGUGCACAUGCUGCCCAAAAUGACAGGCUUCCUGUGCAAACUGUGGGUCAAGUUCUUUUCUAUGAACAACAACGGUUAAGAGACACAAUGAGUUGUGAUGGUCUAAUAGAGCUUGAACCCACCACCAACAAGCCAUCAUCCCAUGAGCUUUCAUGGCUGAAAAAAGAAAACCAGGACCUGAAACUUGAGCUUUUAAAAAUGAAAAUGAAGUUGAAAGAAGUGGAAAGAUUUUCUAGUGAGAAAUCUGUAGUCCGCAGCCCGAGUGUUCCUACUCGUUAUUCUGCUGAUCAUAAGCCACUGUUUCCUCGUAAAUCGUUUUUGAAUUCUGUAUCGAAAAAGUUGGGGAAGAUUAUGCCGCUUCUACGUGUUGAUGGGGUUGGACCUUUGAGUACAAGAGGCAGGAAUAGACCAAGUAAACACCGAAGACAUUCAAUGUCUUGA